AUGAUGAACAGCCCGGCAGACUCGCAAGCGCCCAGGGCGCGAGGCAAACGCGGACCGGCCGCGUCCUCGUGCGACUCUUGUCGUCGACGACGCAUCGCCUGCCGUCGCCGUUCUGGCGACUCGAGCGGACCCUGCGAGUCCUGCGAGCAGAAGGGGCUUUCGUGCGCUUUCGGCGGCCAAGCGUCUGGUCGCCUGGCCGUCGUCAAGCCAUCGACUCCGCCGCUUCUCGCGGGACCGUCCCGCGCUGACAAUCGCCUGGCGCUGGAAGAGCUCGAUAGCGCCUUCGGCUUCGAGUUGUUGUCGCUGUACGACGGAGCAGACGGCAGGAGCUCGGCUUUGUACCCUCUCCCGAUCUGGGACUACUCUUCGUUGAGAUCCCGCUUCAAACAUGCUGGGAACAGAUUAUGCGAGCUAUCACAGGAGGACCAACUCCUCUGCCGCGUUGUUUUCGCCUCAGCUAUGCCACACUGGCACUCGACCGCACUGGCGACGCCGGAAACGCGCGCAGUCCUAGCGCGGCAAUUGCUAGCAGCUGCGCAGGAGAACGCCGACAUGCUCGGCAUAUGGCGCAAACCCGACUCGGUCAGCACGAAGAGCUUGUUGUUGCUCCAGCAAGUUGCCGGGCGCGGCGAGAUCACCAGCGUCGAUUCUCUCGUCUGCCUGUCGACCUGCAUCAGCCACAUCAAGAUGCUCGUCGAUGCUGCCGAACCUUUCGGACCAGCUGGCGUUCCAGUGGAGGGCAAGACGGCUCUUAUCUGGAGUGCAGGACUCUUCGACGCAGCGAUCGCGGUCGAGCGGAGGAAGGAGCCGUACUUUUCGCCUUCGGACUAUGCUCUCAUCUUCAGCUACCCCGGCAAACUCGCCCCACGCGAUCUGCUCGUCAAGGCUCUGCAAGAGGACGCCUGGAGCAUCACGGUGUCUGCUCUGCCGGGCGUGCGCGCCUACAUCGACAUUGCACGUCGGGUGUCGAUGCUCCUUUCACGUGCGAAGCGUAUGCCCCGAGCUGAGGCAGAGGCGGCGGAGUACAAGUCUUGCUGGCGAGAUCUCGACGCUCUCUACGCGUGGGCCAGUAUGGCGGCGGAACUAGCGAUACACGGCGGCGAGGGCGACGAGUUCGGCCGCACAAACCUUGAGCUUUACUGCAACUUUGCGUUCGGCCCCGCCAUCGCCGCCGAGUUCGCCAUGCUGCAGCACCUCGAAGACCUCGACAAGCGGGAUGCAGCGCAUGUUUUCGAUUUAAGCGACUAUCUCUCGCAGUCGUUGCUCGAGACGGCCCGCCAACGCUUUCCUAUCCGGCUUUGUCGCUACUUGCGAGCUGUACGGACCACGCAAGGACACAAUUUCUUCGCGGUCCUCGGGGGGACCGUAAUCUCGGUUUCGCGCAUCCUGGCGAUCACCCGCGCAUUCUUGACUACGUCCGCCUGGGACACCACGCUGCACGAUAACCCGCAAGACAAGCUUGCCGCCCUAGACUAUCUUGCGACCGCACUUGAAGCCAUCUCGCGUACAUAUCCGGAAGCGCCCGAUACCGCAGAAGUCAGCGAAGCGGUCAGGGCGGAACGUCUUGCGCUGACGAUGCUCGCCGGAGGAUCGUCCUUGCCGCCAUUAUACAAGUCCGCAACCGCCGUCCCCCCUUCGCUCGGCCGCCUCAACGGAUGGACCUACGCUAGUGAAGUCUCCGCGCUGACGCCCCUCCUCGUUCACGAGAUCAACGAGACGCUGUACGACCACGUCAUGCCGGUGUCCAGCAACGACAGCAACAUGGACGUUUCCGAGCAGUCAGACUCGGCCAUUGUCAAGGCCUCUCCGCCAUGGAACGACUUCGAGCUGGUCUCGUCUGGCAGCGACCGAGCCUCUCAGCGUAGUGUUGGUCCCUCGCCAGCCCUUCAAGGACCGUCUUUGUCGCUUCUGAGCGGGUCGGAGUGGUCCACCGUCUCGUCCGAAGGUUUUGCGUCGACCUUGUGGCCGUCGGCCGACUGCACCUUCGACAGCUCGUUUGGCGCGGCGCAAGCAUCGACUACAUCGACUACCGGCGAAGCUGGCGACUCGCAGGCGUUGCUGGACCUGCUCAGCAGAACCGCCAGCCCCGACGUCCAUUUUACCGCUUCUCCUCCCGCCAACUUCCUUCUGUCGGCUACUGCAACCGCAUCACCAUCUACACUCAAGCAGGCAAACCAGGCGGACGGGUCCCUCCUGUCGCUGGAUUCAGCUCCGCCACCCUUUGCGCUGGCUGCGCAGAAUCCGUAUGGCGCCUCGUCGACGAACGGCGCCGGCGACUUCGAUUGGUACGAAGCAGCAGGCGACUUCGGCGCGACAUAG